AUGGCUGACUUGUCCUCCGGGAGAAAGGAAGGAAAUCAGGUCGUUGUUACCGGCUCCCAGCCAAGCCAGAUGCCCAUUCGAAAUCUUUAUGAAACCUUGGAGCAGGAAAUAGUGUUGCAUGUGCAACCCGAACCGAUAUUAGUCCGCAGCGAACCUACUGUCAGGAGAAGGAGGCACAACUCCAGGCAUAGGGAAAGAUCCACCAGACAUCGUGAAUCGACAUCCGAGCGGGAAGGGUCUAUCCCGGUUGGGGUGGCGGCAGAUUGGUAUAAGAAGUUGCCGGCAGGGUCGAUAUUCAGCUUCAGGCAGAUACACGAAGAUUUUGUGAGACGUUUUAUCAGUAAGGUGGAGAGAAAGAAAACUUCCGGGGAACUAAUGUCGAUAUCACAAAGGCCAAAGGAGCCUCUGAGAGAAUACUUGACCCGCUUUAACAACGGGUCCAUUACUAUACUAGAUCUGCAGCAGGAGAUAGCAAUUUUGGCUCUGUUAAGAGGAAUGCAAGACUGUGAGUUCAAAAAAUACCUGAGAACGAAAUCAUUAACCAGUUUUGGGGAAGCUUUGAAGAAAGCCAACGAGUAUAUCAUGAGUGAUGAACUAAUGCUGAUAUCACACCCUGCCAAGGGAGGUCAGAUAGUGCAACCAACAAGAAAAGACCAGAUUCCUUCGCAACACCAGAAUUUCAGAAAGGAUAACAGCGGGAAGGAGAGUUACCAAUCUAGGGGAGUGAAUAAGUCAGCAGCUUGGAGAAAGCCGCUACCUUUAGAUGCUCCAGGUAACGCGAAGAACUUUUGUGCUUUUCAUAACGACCACGGUCAUUAUACAGAACAUUGUAAAGAGUUGAGAUAUAACAUCGAGGAGCUAGUAAGAAAGGGAUACCUGUCCCAAUACAAAGCCCGUCAGGAUAAUAAUGGUGUUGAUGGGAGGCAACAGAACUCGCACCAUCACGCUCCUUAUGUACCUACUCAGUCGGGAUACUCCCAACCAGCUAGUAGAAUCGAACAAGCACCACCAGUUCGACCGGAGACCCGACCGCAACCAGAAUCAAGUAGAGAAGGGGGUGAUAGGGGAAAAAGACCCACGGUAUGGGUCAGCUCGGACGGACCAAUACAUGGGGGUACGAUCAGUGGGGCCGUGAGAAGUCAGGAGGAGCACCGACACCUGAUAAACUAUCACAGUACAAGAAAAUGGCCGGAGCCGCCCAGUUUACCGAUCGUAUCCUUUACCUUGGAAGACUGCAGGGGCAUCAUCUACCCCUAUGACGAUCCGUUGGUACUAGAGCUGGAGAUAGCAAACUUCCCAGUCAAGAGAUGCUUGAUUGAUGAGGGAAAAUCUGCGAACAUUAUAUUCUGGGAAGCGUUCACCCAGUUGAAUAUCGGCUAUCACGAGUUGUCUAGAGUGAAUUAUCCUGUCAUCGGAUUCUCGGGGGCUACUAUCUAUCCCGAGAGUAGCAUUCGCCUACCAGUACAAGUGGGAAGAGGAGUGUCAGCAAGGGAUUUAAUGGUGGAUUUCUUAGUGAUCAAAGUACCAGUAGCAUACAAUGUAAUCAUAGGUCGGCCCUUCAUCCAUGAUGCGCAGGCAGUGGUGUCGACUUAUCACCUCACAAUGGUAUACCUUUUGAACCUGGAAAGAACCGAAAGGGUACAUGGUAGCCAAGAAGCUGCCAUGUCAUGUUAUCUAACUGCAUUGAAAACACCGGGGAGAAUGGUGUCGGAAGCAAACAUGGCCAGAGAAACGAACAUGCCAGCUAAAAGGCAGAGAGGGGACCUCAGCAUGGAAUGA